AUGAGGCCAAACGCUCCCACGGCGCUUCUCAGCGCCUUCCAAGGCCUCAGAAUCUCCGCAGCACCGUCCGUCACGCCAUUUGGUGCUGUGGCUCGACCCCAAUUGGCCAAGCCGCUGGUCGCAUCACAAAUUCUCCGCGAUGUCCGCCCAUUCUCCUCGACGACCGCCAGGCAAGGCAACUGGCUCGAACCAGCGAUCGACCGAACGAAGAAGAUGAUGAAGGGCAGGCCUCGCGUGGCAACUGGAGGAUCAACAAAGGGAACGACGGUUAUCUGGGGCGACUAUGGCCUUCGCAUGAAGGACCACCACCGAAGAAUCAGCGCGAAGCAGCUCAAGAAUGCCGAAGACACCAUCAAGAUGAGAUUGCGUGGUCAGAAGUACCGUCUGUACAAGAGGGUCUGCUGUAACGUUGGCGUCUACAUGUCUGGAAACGAUAUGCGUAUGGGUAAGGGAAAGGGUUCUUUCGAUCAUUGGGCUGCGCGUGUGGCAGUCAACCAGAUUGUUUUCGAAAUCAAGGGAAUGCUCCACGAGGCUGUAGCCAAGGAUGCAUUCCGUCUGGCCGGCAACAAGCUGCCUGGCCAAUGGGAGUUUGUUCACAAGGGAGAGGCACCGGUUGUUGGUAUUACCAAGCUGGACGGUGUUACGUUGGAAGAGUUGAAGAGACCGAGAAAGCAGAUUGCGCCUAAGGAUUUGCUGGCUGAGGCUUCUUCCAAGCCUACGAGCGCAUCUUCUGCCAGCUCACCUUCUGCUUAA